AAAAGGCCACUGGUCGUAACAUAUACCCGUCAGUUCGUGUUAAGCGUAUGCUGAUCUGACAGAACUCACUUUCCUCUCUACCCAUAUGACGUCAGCAGAAGUCUAAAUUGUGCCUGAGUGCGUUUCUGUCAGCAUGGCCAGUUACGACCUGCAUACACUUUAUCUAACAGUAUAUUUUUAGUCGUGUGUGAAUGUGAGAGAGACAACUGACAAGUUGAGACAGAGGUGAAGGUGUGGUGGCAGCAGGCUUGACGAGGGAAGGAGGAGCAUUUAGUCUCACAAGGAACAUUUAGAGAACCUGCUGUCCUGCCGUCAGCGAGGAAAGGAAAAGGUUUCUGAAGGAAGAGGAGGCAGCAGCAGGACUUCAUUCCUUAGAGAUUUUCAAACCUCGUUCCUGUUCGCAGCCUUACGUCCAUGGAACUCGCAGUAAAGAAAGUUUACUAAUCUGCUACACAAGAAGCACUUCUGUCUGACGGUUUUAGGUUUCCUGUCAUAAAGAGAAACAUGCGUAGAUUCAGCUCUGAAGGAUCGCUUCUGGAUCUUGAUACCUUACAAUGGGAUAAACUAUCGCAGAAGAAGUCAGAAUAUGGAAGCAAGAGAACAUCGGUCACAUGCACACCUCAUUUGAAAAAUUCUGAACUAGACACAGGGUCAGCUGGCUUGAUUCCCAGCAUUCAGGAGCCGACUCAGACACCCAGCGAGGUCAGGAGGAAGGAACUGAUCAGAGAGCAGAGCGUCAGCGUCGAGAACCUGAGUGUGUUCGGGAAGCAAGAGAUGGACCACCUCAAAGUGUGUGCGAUCAAUGAAAGCUGCAGGGCUUACAGUGACAGUCAGCUGACUGCGGUGGCAGAGGACGUCAUAGAUGGUGGGGAAAGAGAAGGCCAGCAUGAAACAUCUCUAUCAGUCUCCUCCAACCAAUUCUCGUCAAAGUCCCAGGAAAAACACCAUCACAGGGCCAGACUCUCAGCUGCUAAGCUACAUAUCAAGAGUCUCUUUGAUAAGAGUCCACAUUCAUCAAACUCAAACUUGUAUAAUACAGAAGAGAAAAACAGUGCGACAGAGAGGAGGUCUCGUAUGCAUUUCAUGCGCCAGUGGAGUCAGGUGGGCCAUCAGAGCAAGGGGGGGGUCAGUCACAAUAUGCUGAAAAGUUGGACCGAGUCUUUGAACACCCUGCUGUCUAGUCAAAUUGGUGUUUCAGUGUUUGGAGCAUUCCUGCGUUCUGAAUUCAGUGAGGAGAAUCUUCAGUUCUACCUGGCCUGUGAACAAUACAGACAUUCAUCCAACAACUUCAGUUUGCAGAGAAGAGCUAAACACAUCUGUGCCACCUACAUCCAACCUGGCUCCCCUCGAGAGGUAAACCUGGAUAGUAAAACUCGAGAUUUGACUCUCCAGCUGCUGCAGGCUCCUUCUCGCAGCUCUCUGCUCCCAGCACAGAAACGCGUCUACUCUUUGCUGGACACAGAUUGUUACCCACGUUUCCUGGAGUCAAGCAUCUACCAAUCUCUGCUAAAGGAUGCUGAAUAGAAGCCUCACAAACCUGACGUUCUGAGAGGCUCUGUGAUCUCCACUGCUUCUGAGUCUCGGACACUAAAUAUUUUGCACUCGGGUGGUGAGGGGGGAAAUCCCUUUUUUGUCUGAGCCUGAGAUGGAUCAAUAAGGAAUUAUUAGCAAAACCUGGUUUGCCCAACUCUAAGAAAAUUGCAAGUAGCUGGGAUCCAUUCAACAACACGGCUAAAGCAGAGCCUCACCUUUAUCAAGUCCUCAGAUAACUGUAAUAUACUGUAACUGUCCAUGUUGACUAACCACUGUUGUCACCAUCACAGAUGGAUGUACUGGACUUCCAUUAAAACUGAAUGAUCAUUCAAUAAAACUAAAUGUUUUUAGUG